AUGUCGCACCACCCCCCGUUCCAGCAGGUUGAAGCUUCCAGGCCUGACUUUGACGCAGACGAGCAGUGGAGGGUCACCAAGACCGUCUCUCCCGACUGGACCCCCGGAACCGGUGCGAACGGACGUCAGGAUUUGCCCGGCGUUAAGGAGGGCUUGUGGGAUGGCAAGAAGCAAGAGGCAGCCAAGUUCAGGGAGGUUGACCCGGCCAAGGAGAACAAGGGUGGGCUGUACAAGAUGAUGAUCUCGGCCGUCACGCCUCGUCCCAUUGGCUUCCUCUCUACCGUUGACGCGCAAGGACGGACGAACCUCGCGCCGUUCUCCUACUUCAACAUCGCUUGCCACGAUCCGCCCAUCGUCAUGGUUGCCUUCACGCAUCCGAAUGGCCAGGAGCUCAAGGGGACGUGCGAGAACAUCCUCGAGACGAAAGAGUUUGUCGCGAACAUGAUCUCCGAGCCCUUCGUCGAGGCUGCCAACUUUACCUCGAUCGACGCGCCGAAGGGUGUGAGCGAGUGGCCGCUCAGCGGUCUCACGCCCGUCCCGAGCAAGCUCGUCAAGCCUGCUCGAGUCGGCGAGAGCGCCUUCGUCAUGGAGUGUGUGCUGGAACACCACUACCACCUGCACAACGACGCUGGCGUCCGAACCGGCACCGUCGUCCUCGGCCGCGUCAAGCUCUUCCACGUCAGGGACGACAUCAUUGACGACACGCUGCUCGUCGACACGGGCAAGCUCCAGCCCGUCUCGAGGCUCGGUGGAAUCACGUACGGCCGAACCACGAGGGCUUACGAGAUGCCGCGCCCCGUCUUUGACAAGGAGAAGGAGAAGGAGGAAGUCAAGGCGAUCCUCGCCAAAGUUUAG